CUGCAGGUGUGUUCUAUAUGGAUGCCCGUUGACCCCGUUCCCAUGGAGACGUGUGUGCAGUUCGUGCGCGGGUCGCAAGGGUGGGGCUGGUUCUACCCCAGGAAGUUCGCCACCACGCUCAACUACAGUUUGACGGGGGCCGACACAGGCAGCAAGACUUUCCGGGAUGUCCCGGAUAUAGACGGGGACAGGGAAAAGUACGAUAUCCUCACCUGGGACGUGCAGCCCGGAGACUGUAUCGUGUUCCACAUGAAGACCCUACACGGCGCGCCCGCCAACCCGUCCCUGUCUCUGCGCAGGCGCGUGGUCUCCACACGGUGGGUGGGAGAUGACGCAGUGCUGGCCGAGAGGCCCUGGGAAGUCUCUCCGCCAAUCACAGGGGGUCUUACAUUCGGCGACAAGAUGGCGUGCGACACCUUCCCGCUCAUCUGGAAGCGAGACUGAGACUGACAAACUUUCUAUCAAUACGUCAUCUCCAAGCAGAUGUUGGAAGUAAUGCCGUCAGUCCAUACUUUUUAGCGCAACAAUUGAUGAG